AACACCAACAUGCUCCGUGCUGUGGGACGUGCCCUGCGCGACACUGCGUCUGCAAUGAGCCGGCUCGGUCUCUCGCUCGAGGGUGAGGCUGCUGUUGUGGACAAGGUCUCCCGCCAUCGUCGGAUGAUGGCUGUUAAUGAGGUUGCGCCGACUGCUGGCAACAACUCGUUUGUGGCGCCGUCGGCGGCUGUCAUCGGCGCGGUGGAGGUCGGCGAUGCUGCUUCGGUGUGGUACAAUGCCGUCGUCCGCGGUGACGCCGGCAAGGUGACCAUCGGCAAGGGCUCGUCCAUCGGCCACAACGCUGUCGUCGGCAACUUUGGCCACUCGGACGCAGACGUCGUCAUCGGCGAGUCGGUCGUCGUCGGCCCGGGCGCCGUCGUCAACGCUGCCACUCUCCACGACGAGUGCGCCAUCGGCGCCGGCGCUACCGUCGGUGCCGGCGCCAUCGUCGAGACCCACGCCGUCGUCGCCGACGGCGCCACCGUCCCGGCCAACGCCGUCGUCCGCAAGGGCGAGUACUGGGAGGGCAACCCCGCGACCAUGGCUCGCCAGCUGUCCCAGGCCGAGCGCGCCGCCAUCGCCACCUCGGCCAGCUCGCUGCACGCUGCCACUGCGGCACACCACGCCGAGCACGACAAGACUCCCGCCCAGCGCGAGGAGGAGAAGCUCCGCGCCAUGACCGAGGCCGGUGUUGACGCCGAGCCCGAGCCGCUCUACUAA